AUGGAAGUCGACUCGCUAGGUGGAAGCAAGUACUUGCUACUGAUCGUCGAUGAAGGCAGCGGAUGUAUGAAGGGUUUCAGUCUGCGCGCCAAGUACGACAGCGAAGAGUGCAUCAAGAAGUACAUCAUGGCAGUACAGACGCAGUUUGACUAUAAGGUCAAGUUCGUUCGACACGAUGGUGCACGAGAAUUCGCGGCGAAUCCGCUCAAGGCAUUCUACGACGAUCUAGGAAUCGAGCAGCAAGUUACCGUUCCAUAUGCGCAUAAGACCAACGGCACGGCGGAACGGGCAAUUCGGACCAUUGUGACGAUCGGGCGCAGCAUGCUUCACUACGCCAAGCUGGACAGGUGUUUUUGGGCUGAAGCAGCAAUGACAGCGAUCUACAUCAAGAAUCGCCUGCCAUCGCCCAAGUGCCAAGAUCAAACCCCGUUCGAGAUCGUCAACGGAUUUCGACCAAGUGUGAAGCACAUGCGGGUUUUCGGCUGCCGAACGUUUGUGCUGACCCCUAAGGAAAGGAGAUCGAAAUGGGAUCCGAAGGCUCGUGAAGGACUAUUCACGGGGUAUGAAGAAGUGUCAAAGGCAUAUCGCGUUUACGACAUUGAAGCGGACUAA